AUGCCAGUCACAAACUUCAAACACCCCGAUCCCUACAAAUACCAGACAGGCUUCGACUCGCACCACGAAAGUGAAGCAAUCGAAGGGGCCCUUCCAAUCGGUCAGAACUCUCCCCAGAAAGCUCCAUAUGGGCUGUAUACCGAGAAGCUCUCGGGCACUGCCUUCACCGCACCCCGCCGCGAGAACAAACAAACAUGGGUCUACCGCAUCUUACCAGCUGCAGCUCACGAGAAUUUCAUUGCUGAAGAUGUCGACUCAUAUCACACCAGCAUGACGACUGAGACGCAGAAGCUUCAUCACAUUCCGAACCAGCUGCGGUGGAAUCCGUUCGACCUUGACGAAAAGGUAGACUGGGUGCAUGGAUUACAUUUGAUCGCAGGAUCGGGUGACCCAACAUUGAAGCAAGGUCUAGGAAUCUUACUUUAUGCGGCUGGUAAGGAUAUGGGCAAAGAGGCCUUUUAUUCUGCGGACGGUGAUUUCUUGAUUGUCCCUCAGCACGGUGUGCUGGAUAUUCAAACCGAGCUCGGUCGCAUCAUUCUCCGACCGAAUGAGAUAUGUGUCAUUCCGCGUGGUGUGAGAUACCGAGUAACCCUCCCGGAUGGCCCUGUGCGGGGCUACAUCUGUGAACUAUACCAGGGUCACUAUGAGCUUCCCGAGCUAGGCCCCAUUGGCUCCAACUGCUUGGCCAAUUCGCGUGAUUUCCAAGCGCCCGUGGCGGAUUUCGACGACGAAGACGAAACCGAAUACAAGCUUUACAGCAAGUUCAACAACACCCUGUUCUCCGCCAAGCAGAAUCACACCCCGUUCGAUGUUGUCGCUUGGCAUGGAAACUACUAUCCUUACAAGUAUGAUCUGGGUCGAUUCAACACCAUUGGAUCUAUCUCGUUCGAUCAUCCCGAUCCCUCCAUCUUCACCGUGUUGACAGGUCCUUCGGACCAUGUUGGCACGGCUAUCGCUGAUUUCGUCAUCUUCCCACCACGUUGGCUGGUGGCCGAGGGAACCUUCCGGCCACCAUGGUACCACCGCAACACCAUGUCGGAGUUCAUGGGUCUGGUCGCUGGUGAUUAUGACGCGAAGGUUGGUGGUGGCUUCCGACCGGCGGGUGCCAGUCUGCAUAAUGUAAUGAGUGCACAUGGUCCAGACUCGGGUGCUUUCGAGGGUGCCAGCAAUGCAGAAUUGAAGCCGACCAAGGUGGGAGAUGGAAGCAUGGCUUUCAUGUUUGAAAGUUCUCUCAUGGUUGGUGUUUCAGAGUGGGGAUUGAAGCAGUGCCAGAAGGUACAGCCAGAGUAUAACGAGCACAGCUGGAAGCCUUUGAAGCGCCACUUUGUCAACCCUCUCAAGAAGACUUGA